CUUUAAAGAGGGCCCAUUCGUGCUGCACUUCCUGGAUUAGCUGGGCCAUUUCAGUCAGCAAAUGGAAGCCAAAAGCCAUUGAUUGGAGCCAAAGCUGUCGUAUGGAACUGAAAGCUGCCGAAUGGAGCAGAAGAAGUUUAAAGUUGAAGGCUAUUUUACUAGUGGUUAGCUGUCUGCUGCUGCCUUCAGCUCUACAAACAUGAAUGACAGCAGGGAACAAGAAUUAUUUUGGAACAUGGAAGAACAAGGACUAAGGAUAUUGAAUGUGACUGGAAAUCAGCAAAUAUUCAUUGGUUAUUUCAUCGAAGCAGCUGCAGAUGUGCUCCUGGUCAUUGUUAUGCUGUCUCUGGGAUGUACUCUGGAGAUUUCAGAAAUAAAAAAACAUCUCCUAAAGCCGAAAGGAAUUGGGAUAGCCUUAUUUUCCCAGUAUGGAAUCAUGCCCCUCACAGCCUUCAGUCUGGUCCAUAUUUUCCAACUAACUACAACAGAGUCGGUCACCGUUCUGAUAUGUGGCUGCUGCCCUGGAGGAAUGCUUUCCAGUGUCUUCACAUUGGCAUUAAAGGGUGAUAUGAACCUCAGCAUAUUGAUGAACAUUGUUUCAACUGUCCUUGCCCUGGGAAUGAUACCUUUACUCCUCCUUAUCUAUUGUCUUGGAUUAGGCCUUGAACCGAUACAUAAUGCUGUUCCAUUUGAAAAGAUCAUAGAGAUCUUGGUACUGACAAUCUUUCCUUGCUGCACUGGUAUUUUAAUAAAAACCAAGAGACCUCAAUAUGCCAGUUGGGUUGUUAAGAAAAAAGUGGAGAAUAAUAUCAGUGCUCUGUUCAGCGCCUACAAGAAAAACCAAGGAAAGAUCCAGCUUGUUCUGGAGAGAGAGUCACACGCUCAUUACUUAAGGAAGGGCCUACGGUACCUGUCAGACUCCUAUGAGUGUUUGGAUUCCAGUCGUCCCUGGAUCUGUUAUUGGAUAGUACAUAGUAUGGCGUUGCUAGAUGAGCCGAUUCCCGAGUCUUUGGCAUCUGACGUUUGCCAGUUUCUAAUGCACUGUCAGGACCCCAAUGGUGGAUUUUGUGGAGGUCCUGGGCAACAGCCCCACCUUGCACCCACAUUUGCAGCCGUUAAUGCUCUGUGCACUAUUGGGACAGACGAGGCCUUUGAUGUCAUUAACAGGGAAAAGCUGUUGGCAUUCUUGUGGUCUCUGAAACAAGCGGAUGGCUCUUUUACUAUGCACAUCGGCGGGGAAGUUGACGUCAGAAGUGCCUAUUGUGCUGCCUCAGUGGCAUCACUUACCAACAUCAUGACCUCAGAGCUGUUUGAUGGCACUGCUGAGUGGAUUGCAAGGUGUCAAAACUGGGAAGGUGGCAUUGGUGGGGUCCCAGGCAUGGAAGCACAUGGUGGAUAUACGUUUUGUGGAUUGGCUGCAUUGUUUAUUUUACAAAGGGUUCAGCUGCUGGAUCUGAGAAGCUUACUGCGAUGGGUUACAUGCAGACAAAUGAGGUUUGAAGGUGGAUUCCAGGGUCGCUGUAAUAAGCUGGUGGAUGGGUGCUACUCAUUUUGGCAAGGUGGAUUGUUGCCUCUUCUUCACAGAACUCUCCAUGCUGAAGGUGACUCUGCAAUCAGCUUAGGCAACUGGAUGUUUGAUGAGCAAGCUCUGCAAGAAUAUAUAUUACUGUGCUGCCAGUGCCCCAGUGGUGGCUUGCUUGAUAAACCUGGCAAAUCUAGAGACUUUUACCAUACUUGCUACUGUCUGAGUGGGUUAUCCAUAGCACAACAUUUUGGCAGUGGGGACAUUUUACAUGAAGUCAUAGUGGGAGUAGCAGAAAACCGAUUGCAACCGACCCAUCCUGUGUACAACAUUGGACCUGAUAAAGUGGCUCAGGCAGUUGUGCAUUUCAUGAAGAAGGCAGUUCCAGAGACUCCAAACUCCAGUAAAAACUAGAAGAAUAUUGGUAAAGCCAGAGAAAAAAAAAAAACCACCUACUAGCAUCACCAUCCAGCCAACAUCACAAGGGCCAUACAUCCUAUGCAAUAAGGCAGAAAAACGGUUCUCUAGUGUCUUAUGGCAUGCCCUUUUGUUGGCAGAAAGAUCAGCAAACGAUGAGGGGUUUUCUAGGAUUUCUACUAGUAACCUAAUAAAUGCUUCACUGUGUGUAAAAGUAUAUGUAAUACCAAAGCAUGGAAACAUCCAAAACCAGCAGGGACUAACAGCAAUUUACAUACAUUUAAUACUGAAAUGACAUUUGCUUAUUGCGGGGGUUUGGAUUAUUAUUUCUGUCUUUAGAAUGAUGUUCCCUUGUACUGGAUUCUCAUAUGUUAAACGCAUCUUUUCAAGCGCUCAGAAGAACAGCAGAAGUGUCUUAGUUCCAGGUAAUGAAGAUUGAUGACAUUUAGCACUUAUAUAGCAGACGGAUGCCGGAUAGAUUGUGAACUCUGCUGCAGCUUAAGGG